AUGAGUACUUCUUUUGAUCCCUACAAUCAGAGUGUCGUUAUUGAUCAUCCUACCGAUGAUCAAUAUUUCAAUGUUUCAGUUCAGAGAAGCAACUGGGUAUUCCAGAGAAGAACCUGUGUUCAUGCAUGUUCCUCUGGAUUUGAUUUCUUCAACAUUUCCAAGAGCUCCAUAGAAAAAGAAAUAGACUCUAUACUUUCUAGUUUUGAUAUUCAUGGAAACUUUCGCAGCCAAGCAGCGACAAAAAUCUUGGAUUUUGCAAGAAACAUGAUUGAUAAUACACACAGAAACAAAAAGUACUUGUACUUGAGAGUUGAUCUUCAUGUCGCUCAUAUCAUCUGGUAUGAUAAUGAUCAUGAACAUGAACAUGAACAUGAUGACGAUGUCGAUGUCGAUGACGACGAUGACGACGACGAUGAUCAUGUUUUGUUGGAUCCCGCGAGUAAAUCGUCCAUUGAAGGUCUGGAGAAAGUGAAGAUUGAUGAAGAGAUCAAUGAAAGGUUAAGUAAUAAUGAUUGUUCGAUUUGCUUAGAAGGUUUCGAAGUUGAUGAAGAAGCUGUUCUUAUGCCUUGUUCUCAUUUGUUUCAUAAAAUUUGUAUUGUUAAUUGGCUACAGCGAAAGCAUUUUUGUCCUUUGUGUCGUUUUCAAUUGCCUACUAGCGAUGAUGAUUAA